AUGGCGAUGAAUGAGGGCGAGGGCUAUGACCAAGAUCUUGCGCUCCGCUUUGCCGUCAUCGCCCUGCCGGAGGCCUUUGACCAGACCUGUAUCUGCGUUCUCAACGAUCGAGACACGGUGGUCAACUGCCGCACCAUUGUUAGGCUUCUCAUUUUGAUGUUUCUACAGCCCCCUGUUGCCGCCGAACUAGUGCUACACGUAUGGUACUCAGCUCGCCUUACAUCAGGCAUGAUCCAGUCACUCCACAGGUCUGUCAAACGUCUCAUAGCGGACGUCGUGCCCGAGAUCGUCGUCAGAUCGCGCAGCGUGCUAUUGUCGAAGACUUGGACCUUUGGAACCGGCAGCGUGUCAGCCCGUCUCUACACGGAGCGGUGGAACUUUUUGGCUGGCUAUGUUGCAGACUGGUCACUUGACAGAUGA